UUUUGAAGAUGACUACAGCUAACAGCCUAUGUUCACUUUCUUUCAGAAAAUGCAUGCGUAUCCAGUUUUCCGUCGGCAGUCAGCCACAUCAGCCCGGCUCCUCAUGGCACCCACAAGCGAGGCCAACCGCGUGGAAAACAAAGUGUCUGCAAGGGCCCAACCCAAAGAGGAGGUACUGAAGGAGGCAUCCAACUUUGUCAGGAGCAAUGGGGGAGAUCCAUCUGACCAGUUUUUGGUGUUGGCUCACUGUCUGCUACAGUUUGGUAAAUACCAGGGUCAGAGAUUCAUUUGGCUUCUGGAGAACUCGCUUGGCUACGCAUUAGCCUUGCUGCAUAGCAUUUCCAAUGAAACAGCACUCCCAAACCCUCUGUCAGAAAAUAAGCAACUGUUUCUUCAGUACACAUCGCACAUUAAAGAGUUGCCUGGAGAAGUGGAGAAAUACGCCAAGAAGAAAGAGCUUCAGGCUCAAGCGCAGGCAACAGGAGACACAGGCUGUUUGUUGUUGGAGUUUGGAGACUUUGAGGGCCGCUCUCUGAAAGAGGUGUACGAGGACCAGAGCCACGGGGCCCAGAAACUCGUCAGGUACGUGCUACAGUCAAAUGCACGGCCCAACACCAACAUGGCCCUUUUCAAGGCAUAUAUUUUGAAAAGACGGUCAGCUGAGGGUACCAGUACCAGGGAGCAUCAGCCAUCUCCAGCCUCCAGUGCCAGCGCCUCUUCUCCUGCCCCGUCACCUACCACCAUCCAAACGGGUCCACGGACGCCUGCCUCUGUAAAAGCUCUGCUGGCAUGUGGCAAACACUUGCCUCCCUCACAGCUGGCCAAAAAACUUGUGUCACCUGUGAAACCCUCUCCAGCACCGCAAUUGUCUGGCUCCAGCACUGCACAUCGGCGCCCAGAACCCAUUCCCCAACAGUUGCGCUUCCUCUGUGGCCCUUCUGAGGCCGACGAUGAGGAACUUGUGCGUGCCACACAAGAGUGUGAGACACAGCUGCAAACAGCAGCCACCAUGCCUCCUCUAGCAGCCACCAUGCCUCCUCCAACAGCCGUCAUGCCUCCUCCAACAGCCGCCAUGCCUCCUCCAGUAGAAGUUGCUCAGCCACAGCCACCGGUGGAUCUCCCCUCUCACUGGAAGGACCAUCUUCCUCCCUUCCAACAGGAGUGGAUUCGCCACACACUGUUCAAGGCGAACCCAAAGACUGGGAAACCGGAGCUGGUGACCCAGCUGAAGCUGUGGUGGCAUCCUCCUCAGCCCACCCUCAUUCACACCCAGCCACCGGCAUCACCUAAUCAAUUCUUCUGUCGCCCCCUGUUCCUGUGGAUGCCUCACUCUGCUUGA